AUGACCCUUUUAAGUUGGGCAUCAGAUAAUGAGCUAGAAAACAUAACGGUGAACGUCAUAAUUAAGCUGGCAAGAAUAAUAUUAAAAAGGCAUAUGAAAGCGAUGGACAGUAAUGUGUACUCAUCACCUUGUGAAGGAGAGAAUCCUAGAUCAGUUACCUACGACGCAACUGAUCUAGGAUUCUCUCCUUAUAGACCCUACUGGAAGUUCGUGAAGAAGCUCUGCAUGUUGGAGGUUCUUAACGGUCGGAUGCUGGAUCAACUCUCUCCGAUCCGGCAAGAGGGGAUAAGCCAGUUCUUGCAGAUGAUGAAGAGGAAAGGUGAAGCAAGCGAGGGCGUGAACGUCGGAGCUGAGGCCUUACAGCUAACGAAUAGUAUUAUAAUGAGAAUGUUUAUAGGCAAGAGUUGCUUUCAAACAGAGGAAGAAGCGCUCGAGAAUCUGGAUCUCCUAGGCAUUGGGAAGAACCUCAAGGAGGCUCGUGAUCAGUUGACAUCAUACUGGAGAGAAUCAUCAAGGAGCAUGAGCAGUGCAAUUACCACGGAGUGGGCGCUGGCGGAAGUGAUAAGCCAGCCAGAUGUGAUGGAGAAGGCAAGGAAGGAUAUUGAUUCUGUGAUUGGGAAAAAGAGACUGGUGAAGGAGCUGGACAUCGCAGAUCUUCCUUAUCUGGAAACGGUGGCGAAGGAGACGCUGAGGCUCCACCCUCCAUCUCCGUUGAUUAUGAGAGAGACAGUUGAAAACUGCAGCAUUGGUGGCUAUGACAUCCCACCAGCAUACCGGGUGUUGAUAAAUGUGUGGGCUAUUGGAAGGAACCACGAGUACUGGAAUAAUCCGCUUCAGUUCAGCCCAUAAAGGUUUCUGAUCAGCAAAGACGGAAGUGGGAAGAAGGGCAAUUUGGAAGUGAGGGGACAGAACUACCAAUUUUUGCCGUUUGGAAGUGGAGGAAGGGGGUGUGUUGGAGUUUCAUUGGCACUACAUGUUGCUCAGACCACUCUCGCCGCCAUGAUUCAGUGCUUUGAAUGGAAGGAAGGGGAUAAUGGGAAUGGCUGCGUUGACAUGACUUUCGGGCCUGCCAUAAUUCUUUCAAGAGCUCAGCCCCUUACGCGCGUCCCAAUUCCUAGGUUCAAUCCCUUUCCUUCUUGUAAUUCUCAUCUACAGCCAAGAAUUAACAGAGCAUGAGCGAAUAAACUUAAAAAAAUAAAACAAGUACCGACGAAGAGGCUAAAACUACCACAUAUAUCGUUAAUUAAGAAUGCUACACAGAUUCUUCUCGUUUGCCAGUGUGUGUGUGUGUGUAACCCUUGUUCUGUCAUCUGUGUGACUAGUGUUCAUCUGGACCAGUAAGCCAUUUGCAAUUUUAAACAUCAUUUUAUUGAUC